CAGACCUGCAAGGGUUAAGUGAGCCACACCCUAAGCAGGAAAAGCCUCGGACUUUGUGCUGAGCAGCCAUCUCUCCCAGCCCCUCCUGGCUUGACUGGCAUAGGGAACCUGGACUGAAGGAAGCAGCACAAAGGAAGGUCAGAAGAGUGGACAUUAGAAAAAGAUCAACCUCUUUCCUGGCUUCCCGACACCAUGGACAGCUCCUGUUAAUUGAGAUACCUCUCCACCCUUGGCACCUGGGACUCCUGCCUGUUUCUUGUCAAAUUGGGAUUUCAUUCACCAUUCUCCAAGGGACGCUGAAUUACACCAGUGUGGAUCCACAGCCCCUCCGGACAUGCCUAUCCUAGAAGGUACCAUUGGCGUGGAGGACCUUGUCCUCCUGGAACCCCUGGAGGAGGAGUCUCUGCUCAAGAACCUUCAGCUUCGUUAUGAAAACAAGGAGAUUUAUACCUACAUUGGGAACGUGGUGAUCUCAGUGAACCCCUACCAACAGCUGCCCAUCUAUGGCCCGGAGUUCAUUGCCAAAUACCAGGACUAUACCUUCUAUGAGUUAAAGCCCCAUAUCUAUGCUUUGGCAAAUGUGGCAUACCAAUCACUGAGGGACCGGGACCUAGACCAGUGUAUCCUCAUCACAGGCGAGAGUGGAGCUGGGAAGACUGAGGCUAGCAAGCUGGUGAUGUCUUAUGUGGCUGCCGUCUGUGGGAAAGGGGAGCAGGUGAACUCUGUGAAGGAACAGCUACUUCAGUCAAACCCAGUGCUGGAGGCAUUUGGCAAUGCCAAGACCAUUCGCAACAACAACUCCUCUCGAUUUGGAAAAUACAUGGAUAUUGAGUUUGACUUCAAAGGAUAUCCUCUUGGCGGCGUCAUCACAAACUAUCUGCUUGAGAAAUCCCGAGUGGUGAAGCAGCUCAAAGGGGAAAGGAACUUCCACAUUUUCUAUCAGCUGCUGGCUGGAGCAGAUGCACAACUGUUGAAGGCCCUGAAGCUCGAGCGGGAUACAAGUGCCUAUACCUAUCUGAACAAGGAAGUAUCCACAGUGGGUGGCAUGGAUGAUGCCUCCAACUUCCAAGAUGUACAGAGUGCAAUGACAGUGAUUGGGUUCUCAGAGGAGGAAAUUCGACAAGUGCUAGAGGUGACAGCCCUGGUCCUGAAGCUGGGAAACGUGGAACUGACUGAUGAAUUCCAGGCCAGUGGAAUCCCAGCAAGUGGCAUUCGUGAUGGGAAAGGUGUUCAGGAGAUUGGGGAGAUGGUGGGUUUGAAUUCUGAGGAACUAGAGAGAGCUUUGUGCUCAAGGACCAUGGAAACAGCCAAGGAAAAGGUGGUCACCGUACUGAAUGUCAUCCAGGCUCAGUAUGCUCGUGAUGCUCUGGCUAAGAACAUCUAUAACCGCCUCUUCAACUGGAUAGUGAAUCGAAUCAAUGAGAGCAUCAAGGUAGGCAUUGGAGAGAAGAAGAAGGUAAUGGGGGUCCUGGAUAUCUACGGUUUUGAGAUAUUAGAGGAUAAUAGCUUUGAGCAAUUUGUGAUCAACUACUGCAAUGAGAAGCUGCAGCAGGUAUUCAUAGAAUUGACCCUGAAGGAGGAGCAAGAGGAAUAUAAGAGAGAGGGUAUACCAUGGACAAAGGUGGAAUACUUUGAUAAUGGCAUCAUCUGUAACCUCAUUGAACAUAAUCAACGAGGCAUCCUGGCCAUGCUGGAUGAGGAGUGCCUGCGGCCUGGGGUGGUCAGUGACUCUACUUUCCUAGCGAAGCUGAACCAGCUCUUCUCCAACCACAGUCACUACGAGAGCAAAGUCACCCAGAAUGCCCAGCGCCUGUAUGACCACAACAUGGGUCUCAGCUGCUUUCGCAUCUGCCACUAUGCGGGCAAGGUAAUGUACAAUGUGACCAGCUUCAUUGACAAGAAUAAUGACCUACUCUUCCGAGACUUGUCCCAGGCCAUGUGGAAGGCCCAGCACCCUCUCCUUCGGUCCUUGUUCCCUGAGGGCAAUCCCAAACAGGCAUCCCUCAAACGCCCCCCAACUGCUGGGUCCCAGUUCAAGAAUUCUGUGGCAAUACUCAUGAAGAACCUGUAUUCCAAGAACCCCAAUUACAUCAGGUGCAUAAAGCCCAAUGAGCAUCAGCAGCAAGGUCGGUUCUCCUCAGAGCUGGUGGCAGUGCAGGCACGGUACCUGGGUCUGCUGGAGAAUGUGCGGGUGCGAAGGGCAGGCUAUGCCUACCGGCAGGGCUACAAGUCUUUCCUGGAAAGGUACCGACUGCUGAGCCGGAGCACCUGGCCUCACUGGAAUGGAGGAGACAGGGAGGGAGUUGAGAAGUUGCUGGGGGAAUUGAGCAUGUCCUCAGAGGAGCUGGCCUUUGGGAAGACAAAGAUUUUCAUCAGAAGCCCCAAGACUCUUUUCUAUCUGGAAGAGCAGAGGCGCCUGAGGCUCCAGCAGCUGGCCACCCUCAUACAGAAGACUUACCGGGGUUGGCGCUGCCGAACCCACUACCAGCUGAUGCGGAAGAGUCAGAUCCUCAUAUCAGCUUGGUUUCGGGGCAACAAGCAAAAGAAACACUAUGGGAGGAUGAAGGCAUCGGCUUUGUUGAUCCAGGCUUUUGUGAGAGGGUGGAAGGCUCGCAAGAAUUACCGAAAAUACUUCCGGUCAGGAGCUGCCCUCACCUUGUCAAAUUUCAUCUAUAAGAGCAUAGCACAGAAAUUCUUGCUGGGCCUGAAGAACAAUUUGCCAUCUACCAAGGUCUUGGACAACACAUGGCCAGCGGCCCCCUACAAGUGCUUCAACAGGGCUAAUGAGGAGCUGCAUCAGCUCUUCCACCAAUGGAAGUGCAAGAAGUUCCGCGAUCAGCUGUCCCCCAAGCAGGUGCAGAUGCUGAGGGAGAAGCUCUGUGCCAGCCAACUGUUCAAGGGCAAGAAGGCCUCCUACCCCCAGAGUGUCCCCAUUCCAUUCCGUGGUGACUACAUUGGGCUGCAAAGUAACCCCAAGCUACAGAAGCUGAAGGGCAGGGAGGAAGACCCGAUUCUGAUGGCAGAGACUGUGAAGAAGGUCAACCGUGGCAAUGGCAAGACUUCUGCCCGGAUUCUCCUCCUAACCAGGGGGCAUGUGAUUCUCACAGACACCAAGAAGUCCCAGGCCAAAACUGUCAUUGGGCUGGACAGUGUGGCUGGGGUGUCAGUCACGAGCCUCCAGGAUGGACUCUUUGGUUUGCAUCUGAAUGAGAUGUCAACAGUGGGAUCCAAGGGUGACUUCCUGUUGGUCAGUGACCAUGUGAUAGAACUGCUGACAAAAAUGUACCAGGCUGUGCUGGAUGCCACGCAGAGGCAGCUUUCUGUCACUGUGACUGAGAGGUUCUCAUUGAGGUUCAAGGAGAGCAGUGUGGCUGUCAAGGUCAUCCAGGGCCCUGGGCGAGGUGAAAAGAGCAAGCUUAUUUGCAAGAAGAAGGGGAGUGAUAGCCUGGAGGUGACUGUGUAGUGAGGACAGGUUCCCGCAGAGACACAGCUUCUUUCUCUGGGAACAGCACUAACUCCCUCGGCCUGCCUCUUUGGGGCAUCUUGUGUCUAGCCCCUCUGAUCAUGAGGUGGGCCUUGGAGACAGAAGAACUCUUGAAGAGGACUUUCCCAACCCUUCCAGAGCUCUCCUCUAAAUGCUGCUCCCUCCUGCCCUGAGCCUCUUUGCCCACUAAUAAAAUGUGGUUCAGAAAGGUUUA